AUGUCACCGCCAUUACAUUCUGUGCGGACUGUAAUUCGGGCACAUCUUAUUGACAGCACCAAAUGGUUAAAAAUAUCUACCAUUAUUUUAAUGCAUUUGAUAUUUUACUGUGCGUUAUAUGAUAUACGAGAAAUUAGACAAAAAGUUUGA